AUGAUGCUGGACAUUGGCAGCGGCAAAUUGUCGUGUCUCAGUUGCCUGCUGUCGGUGCUUCCGCCGGCCAAGCGGAAACUGGUCUCGAAGGUCGCAUUCAAUCCGUCGCCUCUCCCGGGCUAUGUGGUUGAGGAAAGGCGCCUCGGGGACGAAGUCCGUCACGCGUGCUUUCCAUGGCAAGGACGCUACCGACAGCUCCCCCUCUCGGAGUCGUUUCCGUGCCCCCGAUGCGCCGUACCAGCAGACUCCGGCGCCGGAUCGAGAGUUCGGCAUCUGUCACACGAAGGAAGAAAUGUGCAGAAAGAUGCGUGCCGAAGCCACAGCGUGCCGCCCCAGGAACGCACGCUCGAGGAAUUUGAGGCGAGCGGUUCGAGACGCUUACGCGAACUGAGGAGUCACCAUACCAAAGAAAAGGAGGAACCCGACCGUUUUUGCCGAUGCGAGAAGAAACGCGCCACACACCUUCUCCCACCUACAGACCCACUGGCGUUCACGGGCGACGCCAGCGAUCGCCAUGUGACCCAAGCGUCGCACCAAAAGGCCCUGCAUGCGGUGAACUUCGACGGCUUCGCGUGCGCUCCGCAAAGACACGUCUCUCAGCCAGAGGAAUGCCGUUUUCCGGAAGUCAGUUCCCAGGGUACGGGUGCGAGCGGUAAGCUCCCCACAUGGAGCGCAGAGUCCACCAGUCUCUGUUGCAGAAGGGUCGACCAGACUCCGGAAACGAUUCCCUCAAUCGUCGUCACAAGCCCCGGAGCAGAAAAUCACCCUUUCAGCUCUUCGAUGAGCGCCGGGAACAACGCAGGCUUCGAAGAUGUAUUGACGCCCCGGUCUCUCCCGCAGUUCCCCUUUUCGCCGUCUCCGGCGGCGGCGCUCGAGUACGCAGGCCGCACAAGCAGAGGCAAACUCAGCUUUCCUUGCGCGAAUUGCGCCUCCGGGGCUAUCGGGGAUGCGGAAGAGCCGGAUGCAGGCGACUGCCCGCUGAAAUGGUACAGACACGAGGGCAGAAGAGUUGCGUCGCUGAGCUCCCCGCUCCAGCCGUCGGAACGCAGUGUGUACGCAGAUGUGAUGGGUGCAUUCCGAUGGCUCAAAACCGAGAAAAACGUGAAGCUGCGCGACCUGGUGAUGUACGGACAGAGUAUCGGCUCCGUGGCCGCCGUCCACUUGGCGAGUGUGCUGGGGAGGAGGCGCCAAGCGGCGUUGGCGCGCCUGGAGAAGAAGGAAAAAUCCGGUGAGCUUGCGAAGCGGAAGCAGGAGAAGAAGGAGCAAAGGCGGCAGGAGGAGGAGAAACAGGAGCGUCUGAAGAAGUUGCAGAGGCGGGCGCAGGCCACCCAGGGAGGCCGUUUGCCGUCACGUUUCUCGCGCCUCCUUCGUCGAGGCAAGGCCGAGAGAGUGCAUCUCGUCGAAUUCGAUGACUCCAGCGAGGAUAGCGACGAAGACGACCGCCUUGAAGCGGGCAACGGAGACGCAGAACACCGAAGGAAUCAAGCAGGACGAGCUGAGGACAACGAAGAUCUCGAGACAAUCGGAGGCGUCAUUCUUCACUCAGCGCUGGCGUCAGGCCUGCGUGCGGUGCGCAGCCGCCUGAAAAAGAAAGACGUGGUUCCCCCUGAGCUGCAGUCGUCUUUCGUAUAUGAGGUGUCGACCGCACCAACUGUGGGGACACCUUCGUCUGUGGCUUCGUCGUCCCCUUCGACUUCGCACAUUUAUUCUUUGAUGUUGGCAGAAUACGGACUCGAGGCGGGCGCGAGCGUGGACAGGGACCAGAGAAGGCGCAGCGAGCAGAAGAAGAGGGAGUCGAAAGCGAAGGACAAGACGCCGUGGUAUGAUAUCUUGCGCAAUGUGGACAAGAUGAAACACAUCUCGGCGCCUGCUUUCGUUAUCCACGGCACCGAGGACGCGAUUGUUCCGAUCGGCUCUGGUGAGCUUCUUGCGUCUUCAGCAGCUGUCUCCUUUUCGCCGUUUGUUGCCAAAAGCGCAGGCCACAACGACGUCGACAAAGGCGAAUGGAGAGAAGCGUACUUUGAGAGUCUCCGAGAUUUCUUUGACUUUCUGUCUGUGCGCGAGACGUGUCGCGCGACCAUCAGCGACGGUCAGGCCUCCCAGGGGGAGAACCGGAGGAGUGGAGAAGCAGCAAACAGAAAACGCUUCCCGACCGAGACUGUGAAGAGCGGGCGACGAGCGAUGCUGUCGCUGCUGACUCUGAGAGGAGAUAAGAGAAGUAGCUGCAAAGCUGAGCCGAGGGAAGCCACAGCGUCUGGAAAUCGCGCCGCGUCCCCUGGCAGUGCAAGCGCUGUGUACCUCCCUUCCGGUUCCAUCUCUUCUGUCGGCUCUUUUGCGUCUCUGUCUAGUUCGGGAUCUGAUGACGCCUGGGUGUGCCCGCGUUUUUCGACAUCCCACAAGAGAGACCAGGCACGUGGGCCGCAGUCCCCAGCGCAUCGUCACCUUCCGUCUUUCUCAGAACCGUCUGGCGCGGUGUACCACCACGAGCUCGCACGCCGCGGUCUUCAGGGAGAGAGCAAGAGCGAGGCCGGGAAAGAGAAGGGAGGAAGACUGCGAUAUCUGUUCACCCGAAAACCGAGAGACGGAGUCGAUCACCCGUCUCGAACGUAA